CUCUCCUCCACAGCGAGAGAGUGCACGUGAGAAGAUAAAUUCGUACCGUUUCGUCCCAUUUUGCUGAGCUCGCUCUGGCAGUUACUACUCCCAAAAGCCUCUCUCGCCUCAACCGCCCUAACUUCGCCGUACCCGGAGCUCCUCCGCUGCUCGCCUUCGUCGUCAGCCGUUCCGUUCCAGCGACAGACCCUGAGCAAGGGAAGAGAAAUGAGCGAUCUUUGCCAGUUUCCUGGGCUGGAGCUUCCUCGCUCGGCUCCGGCUCCUGCUCCUGCUCCGGCUCCGGCGAAGGCUCCGGCUCCGGCUGCCGGUGCGAUUUCUACUCUGGCUUCUGCUCUGUUUCGGGUCCCGUCGGCUUCUUCACCUGUGCCUGUCAAAAAGGACAAUCUCAGUCAAUUUCCUCAAUCGGGACUUCCUCUUGCUCAAGCCCUGGCUCCGACUUCAUCUCGGGCUCCCAUGCAAGCUCAGGGGUCUGACCCUUCUUUACCUGUGCCUGUCAAAAAGGACAAUCUCAGUCAAUUUCCUCAAUUGGGACUUCCUCUUGCUCAAGCCCUGGCUCCGACUUCAUCUCGGGCUCCCAUGCAAGCUCAGGCGUUUGAACCUUCUUCACCUGUGCCUGUCAAAAAGGACAAUCUCAGUCAAUUUCCUGAAUCGGGACUUCCUCUUGCUCAAGCCCUGGCUCCGACUUCAUCUCGGGCUCCCAUGCAAGCUCAGGUGCUUGAACCUUCUUCCCCUAUGCAUGUCAGAACGGCCAAUCUCAGUCAACUUCCUCAUGCUGAGCCUGCUCAGGAUAUGGCUCCACCUUCAUCUCAGUCUCCCAUGCAAGCGCCAGUGUUCAAACCUUCUCCGCUUGUACCGGCCAGAAUGGAAGAUCUCAGUGAAUUUUCUCAACCAGAACUUCCUUUAGCUAUCCCUGCUCAGGCUCUAGUUCCAACUUCAACUCAAGAUUCAGAGGAAACUCAGGUUUCCUGUGCUCCUCCUGGUGUUCCGGAGCAUAUGAUGUACAAAAAUCGGUUGCAGGAGUAUACGCAGAAGUUAAUGGUGCAUUUUCCUAUUUACAAUACUAUUAAUGAAGGGUCCCAACAUGCCCCGAAAUAUAGGUCAACGGUAUUCGUAGAUGGGAAAAGCUUCACAUCUCCCGACACAUUUCCCCAAAAAAAGGAAGCUGAGCAAAAUGUUGCUCAAAUUGCAUUGGAUCUUUUGUCGCAGAAGAUGAAGGAUGAAGGCUGUCCUCUCAUCCAUGAGGAUGCAAUUUUUUGCAAGUCCAUUCUUAAUGAAUAUGCAGCCAAGAUGAACUUGGAAAUGCCCAAUUACACAACUAUUCAGCCACAAGGGGCAGUUCCAGUUUUUGCAUCUUCUUUGGUAUUCAAUGGUGUAACUUACACCGGCGGCGUUGGUAAAAGCAAAAAGGAGGCUGAACAAUUGGCAGCUCGUACUGCCAUUCAAUCCCUAUAUGGAUGUAAUGCAGCUGAUAGCGAGUCGAAAAUGGUUCUUUUGAGGACGAUCAAGUCUAAGUGCAAACUUUAUGCUGCAUACCGGGAGCCCAAGUAUUCAUGUCCUGUUGGAGCGAAUGUGGGAGGCAAUUCUGAAAUCUCAAAUACCGAGCAUAAAGAAGCUUUAGCUUCCGGGCCAGCUGAUUAUAUUCUUGGUCGUGCUAUUCCCGAGGCAUGCUCAGAGGUACCUAAAGCACAUCAUUUGUUCCAAAUACCAAGACCAGUGGCUACUGCAGUAGGGAAUCCCUUGAUUUCCUUUGUUCCUUCGAGUACCGAACAGCAGCCUAUUGCUGCUACUAGUUCUGGUAAAAAGCGACGCAAGAACAAGAAGAAGGCCAAUAAGAAACCGCGUGUUGAUCCUCAGUUACCCAAUGCUGUGAUGAUGCCUUCUGACCAAGCCCCGCCUUGUUCUGUUGCACAGUAGAUGGAACAAAUGUAUGAGCUUUCUAGUUAGACAUUAGCUUUCGAGGCUUGGCACCGGGGCCCUCUCUCUCUUUUGAGCCGUAUACGUACUUCUUUGCGAUGUAGCCCUAAAUGCAGGAUUUUGUAAUGUCAUAUUGGAUGGGAGGUCCAUGUGUAUAUAAUGGUGAGCGGUAAGGCCAAUCCUCCAAUGCCUGUUCAGUUAGAGGAAUUUGUGCUUUUUGAAUUUGUUUGGUUCCAUAGCUGUUUUUCUAA